CAAAGCAUCGAGAAUUUGGUUAUGGUACUAGUAUAGAUGAAAAGAAAGCCUUCGAAUACUAUUUACAAGUUUAUAAUGAUAGUAACUCAAAUUACAGAGAAAAUGCCAGAAAUCAUUUAAUGUACUGUUAUUAUUAUGGUAUUGGUACUGAUAAAGAUGAUAGUAAAGUUCUUCAACUUUAUAAACUUAAUUUGGACAAAAAAAAAAAAAUUGGUCAGAACUCCAAAAUCCUUGUGUAA